UGUUCUUUUUGGUUCCUGGUAUUUCUUAAUUCUACAAAUAUCAGCGGUGCUGGUGGUAACAACCUAAAAGAAAAAACCCUCUGAAAAUCUCCAGAGUUCUUCUUUUUCUUCAGCUCUUUCUGAAUCCAAUCUCUAGGAUCCAGAAUUUUCAAAAGUUAUCAUUCGUGAAAACCUAAAUCAUCGAAAAUGCAUGCAACACACUUACUUCUCGAGGAACCUAUUAGGAUGGCUUCAAUCCUUGAACCAUCCAAAACUAAUUUUUACUCUGCAAUGACGAGGAUCGUUGGAACAUUAGGUUCGAAAUCGAGAUCUGUUGAAGUUCUCUCUGGUUGUCUCAAAGCUGGAAUGUCUGUUGCUCGGUUCGAUUUCUCUUUAGGAGAUGCUGAAUACCAUCAAGAGACUUUGGAGAAUUUGAAAAUUGCUGUCAAGGCUACUAAGAAACUUUGCGCCGUAAUGUUAGAUACUGUUGGGGCAGAGUUACAAGUCAUUAAUAAGAGUGAGAGUUCCAUUUCGCUCAAAGCUGAUGGACUUGUUGUUUUGACUCCAAAUCAAGAUCAAGAAGCCAAUUCAGAGAUACUACCCAUCAGUUUUGAUGGACUAGCAAAGGCUGUGAAGAAAGGAGACACAAUUUUCAUGGGUCAAUACCUGUUUACCGGAAGUGAAACUACUUCUGUCUGGCUUGAGGUAUCUGAGGUGAAGGGGGCAGACGUUGUUUGUGUCGUAAAGAACUCAGCUACUUUAUCUGGGGCAUUGUUCACCUUACAUGUCUCUCAGGUUCACAUUGAUUUGCCAACCUUGACUGAGAAAGAUAAAGAAGUCAUACGCACAUGGGGUGUCAAAAACAGUAUUGACUUUCUCUCACUAUCAUAUACUCGACAUGCUGAAGAUGUCCGUGAAGCUCGCCAGUUUCUUUCCACCUUAGGUGACAUCGGUCAAACUCAGAUUUUCGCUAAGAUCGAAAACAUCGAGGGAUUAACUCAUUUCGAUGAAAUCCUCCAAGAAGCUGAUGGCAUUAUCCUUUCGCGUGGAAACCUUGGAAUCGAUUUACCACCAGAGAAGGUGUUCUUAUUCCAAAAGGCUGCUGUUUACAAGUGUAAUAUGGCUGGUAAACCUGCUGUGGUUACCCGUGUUGUGGACAGUAUGACGGACAAUCUUAGACCAACUCGUGCAGAGGCAACUGAUGUGGCUAAUGCAGUAUUAGACGGAACUGAUGCUAUCCUUCUUGGUGCUGAGACUCUUCGAGGAUUUUACCCCGUUGAGACCAUCUCUAUUGUUGGAAAAAUUUGUGCCGAGGCUGAAAAAGUUUUCAACCAGGACUUAUACUUCAAGAAGACUGUGAAAUAUGUUGGAGAACCAAUGAGCCACUUGGAGUCUAUUGCUUCCUCAGCGGUGCGUGCAGCAAUUAAGGUGAAGGCAUCUAUUAUAAUCUGCUUCACUUCAUCUGGAAGGGCUGCUAGAUUGAUUGCUAAGUAUAGGCCAACAAUGCCCGUGCUGUCAGUUGUUAUUCCUCGACUCAAAACGAAUCAACUUCGUUGGAGUUUCACUGGUGCCUUUGAGGUAGGACCCACGGCAAGACAAUCACUUAUUGUAAGAGGUCUUUUCCCCAUGCUCGCCGAUCCUCGUCACCCAGCUGAGUCAACGAAUUCCACAAACGAGUCAGUUUUGAAGGUUGCUCUUGAUCAUGGAAAGGCUUCCGGUGUUAUCAAGUCACAUGAUCGGGUUGUUGUUUGCCAGAAAGUUGGUGAUUCGUCCGUGGUCAAGAUCAUUGAGCUUGAAGAUUAAAACUUAUAAAUUUAGUUUUCAUCCUUGUCUAUGGAGGUUUUAAUUUUCCAUUCUUUUUUGGACCUGCUUUUGAACUGUAGAAGGGUUUCACGGAUCCUUCUCCAGGUUAUGGUGGGUUGGGCGGUGGUUCUAUAGUAAGUUAAAGAAAGCAGUAGAUGUAUUAAAAACAACAUAAUGAGUGUACCUGGAGAACACUAUCUAUCUUCAGAUGCUUAUAUUGCUGAUCACAAUGUUUUGGUUAGAUUUCCACUUUUUACACUACCAUGUUGUUGUAGUAUUGAAAGUUGGGAAGAAUGUGGUAUGAACUUUCCCCAUAGGGAGAGCGUAUAUCCAGGAUUUAGGAUGCAGUGAGUUGAAAAGCUUAUUGUUUGUACUUUGCA